AAUUACUUGCACGACUGCCCUUUCUCAGAAGCCCGGGGGCCGAAUCGAACAAGGAAGAAAAGAGACUCUCCGUUCUCCCAACGCGCCUCGCCCUUCAUCAUCAUUCGACGAAACAGGAAGAGGGGAAAUAGAGCUUGAAGUCAUCAUCACAAGUCUUUAUCUCAUCUUCACUUCCCGUCCGCCCUGGCAUACACCACACUCACCGCCAUCAUCAGCUUCCUCACCACCACCCCUCACUGAGUCACCCGGCUCAAAACACACACCUCACCGUCCACGCACACCCAGCUGCUGCUGCCGCCGCCAUCACCACAAUGUUCACCGGCAUCGUCGAGGACGUCGGGGUCGUCUCCCACCUCGACACCAACGACGCCACCGGCGGCACCACAAUCACCUUCUCCGUCCCGCCCGGCUCGGCCCUCCUCGCCGACUGCCACGAGGGCGACUCCAUCGCCAUCAACGGCUGCUGCCUCACCGUCACCUCCUUCACCCCCUCGUCCUUCAAGGUCGGCGUCGCCCCCGAGACCCUCCGCGUCACCAACCUCGGCGCCCUCACCCAGGCCGCCCGCGUCAACCUCGAGCGCGCCGUCCGCGCCGACACCCGCAUGGGCGGCCACUUCGUCCAGGGCCACGUCGACUCCGUCGCCGAGAUCCUCUCCGUCCUCCCCGACGGCAACGCCCUCACCUUUCGCUUCCGCCCCCGCGACCGCGGCACCCUCCGCUACAUCAUCCACAAGGGCUUCAUCGCCAUCGACGGCACCAGCCUGACCAUCACAAAGGUCGACGACGACGCCGGCUUCUUCGAGAUCAUGCUCAUCGCCUACUCCCAGGAGCGCGUCGUCCUCGCCCAGAAGAAGCAGGGUGACACCGUCAACAUCGAGGUUGACAUGAUGGCCAAGUACGCCGAGAAGUCGCUGGCUGGCAUCCUCGGCGCCGAGGGCAGCGCCGCCAUGCCUCUGCUGGAGAAGAUGGUUGAGCGCAUCGUCGCGCAAGGCAUGGGCGCCAAGGAGUAAUCUGUAUGGAGUCAAACUGAAAACAAAACACAAAUUGGUCAAGAAUUGCAGCGUCGCGCCAUAUCUUGUUCAUGUAACUGGGUAUCAUAGAAUCUCAUCUCACACCUUGAAGCCGUUGAGCAGCUGUAACAUCCGAG